CUUUAGAAAAUGUAGUCGUCUCGAUCUUCGUCCCACAUGGACUCGUGUCGCUGUUGGAAAUGUUGAGUCGCAGGCCCGACGGCGGGAGAUAAGGAGAUGAGAUCGGCAACACUCGCAGAUAAACGGUUCACAUUAGAGGAAUGAGGCAUGCGGAUCCGACGAUCUCCGGUACACAUUCGUGUGUUGAUAUUUUCUGUAGGACUGGUUACUCUGACAGCAUGGCGAAUGUUUUGGCUGUCAGGUUCCCCCAAGCUCCCGGAGGAAGGCUUGGAGGGGGCCGAGGGGAUUCCCCCGGACCCUGACAGCGUUUGGCAGACCCAAGUGUUGUCACGGCACCUGUUGACGACCCUGCCCAACUGCACACCACGAGCAGUGGAACAGUUUCCCAAGGGAUUCUUCACACAGCAACAGCGCCAACAAGGAGCCAUAGCUGUCCAUAUCCUCAUAUGUGUAUACAUGUUCCUGGCCCUGGCCAUUGUGUGUGAUUACUAUUUUGUGCCUUCCUUGGAAAUUCUCUGUGAUCAUCUAAACCUGCAAUCUGAUGUAGCUGGUGCAACCUUCAUGGCAGCUGGGAGUUCCGCUCCUGAGCUAGCUACAGCUGUAAUAGGGGUCUUCAUAGCCAAGGAUGAUGUGGGAUUGGGGACAGUGGUAGGUUCGGCCAUCUACAACGUCAUGUUUGUCAUCAGUAUCUGCGGACUCUUUGCGGGCACGGUGGUGCACCUGCACUGGUGGCCGAUGGUGCGAGACUGCAUGUGCUACCUGCUCAGUGUGCUGGCGCUGGUUCUGGUCAUCAUGGACGAAACGGUCAAGUGGUACGAGGCCGUCUGUCUGUGCUGUCUGUAUCUCUUCUACAUCCUCCUCAUGUACUUCAACCUGAGACUGGAGCGCUGGCUAGUCCCAGCCUGCUCGGGCUGUUGUCCAGCUAAGUCCGUCGGAGAGGAGGAUGUUCUUUACGACAGAAUCAAAUCAAAUGGUGCUAUCUCGGAAGGAGAAUUAAAUCACUGCCCCGAGUCGAUGCAAAUGCUCCCUCUUACCUCUGACUGUGAAUCAGAUGACGGUUCGUACACAGAUACCAACACCUUUGUGAAGCGGGCACCUCCAUCUGCAUCUCCACACAGGGAAGAGGAUGAGCCUGCGGGGUUGUGUGAAGUUCCAAGUGGACGCUGGAAGAAGCUGCUUUGGUUCGUCUCUCUACCGCUAUGUGCCAUAUUGUUCAUAUCUGUGCCCGACUGCCGAAAACAAGCAUGGAAAAAAUGGUUCCUGUUGACAUUUCUCAUGUCAUUAGUUUGGUUGUCUCUCUUGUCAUUUUUCAUGGUGUGGAUGAUAACAGUUAUAGGUUACACAGCUAAUAUUCCUGACAGUAUUAUGGGUCUGACCUUUGUUGCCUUUGGAGUGAGCCUCCCGGAUGUUGUGGCAUCGCUCAUAGUUGUUAGAGAAGGAUUAGGGGAUAUGGCUGUUUCUAAUGCAAUAGGAAGCAAUGUGUUUGACAUCCUUGUAUGCCUUGGAGUACCUUGGCUGCUGCAAACAGCAGUCCUCCGACCAGGGUCUGAGGUUCAGGUUUACAGUGCAGGCUUGACCUACUCCAGCCUGACCCUGCUGUCCACGGUCGGGUUCCUGCUGAUUGCUACACAUCUGAAUGGGUGGAAGCUGGACAAGAAGUACGGGGCAGUCCUGCUGGUGGUUUACGUGAUCUACACAGUGCUAGCCUCUAUGUAUGAACUCAAUAUAUUCGGCUAUUUCCAUCCUGUGGAGUGCCCCAGCAACUAUUAAAUGAUUAUGUGACUCAUAGUUAAAGGUUAAGUGUUUGCAUGUAUAUCUUUGAUACAAGUUAAGGAGGUGAUAUUAAACAUGUUCUUGUAAGAAAUAUCUGUGGUGUAAUGUGAGUCACAAGUAUGAGCCAAACUAUUGAAGCAAACAUAGAAUGGCAAAAAUCAAAAUGUUGAACAUGAUUGUAUCAAAUGGA